AUGUAUGGACCACACGAUCAUUUGGCAACAAGAAAUCCAACAACAACAGCGACGACGACAACACACCACAACAACAACAGCGGCGACAACAUCAGCGCCAACAACAACAGCGACAACAACAACAGCGACAACAACAACAGCGACAACAACAACAGCGACAACAACAACAGCGACAACAACAACAGCAACAACAACAACAACAACAGCAACAACAACAACAACAGCAACAACAACAAUAGCGACAACAACAACAGUGACAACAAGAGCAGCGACAACAACAGCAGCGACAACAAGAGCAGCGACAACAACCGCAGCGAAAACAGCAACAGCGACAACAACAACAGCGUCAACAACAACAGCGACAACAACAACAGCGACAACAACAACAGCGUCAACAACAACAGCGACAACGACAACAGCGACAACAACAACAGCGACAACAACAACAGCGACAACAUGAGCAGCGACAACAAGAGCAGCGACAACAACCGCAGCGACAACAGCAACAGCGACAACAACAACAUCGUCAACAACAAUAGCGACAACAACAACAGCGUCAACAACAACAGCGACGACGACAACACACCACAACAACAACAGCGGCGACAACAUCAACAACAGCGACAACAACAACAGCGACAACAAAGAAUAGCGACAGCAACAACAGCGACAACAACAACAACAACAGCGAAAACAACAACAGCGACAACAACAACAUCGACAACAAGAGCAGCGACAACAGCAGCAGCGACAACAAGAGCAGCGACAACAACCGCAGCGACAACAGCAACAGCGACAACAACAACAGCGACAACAAGAACAGCGCCAACAACAACAGCGACAAUGACAACACACCACAACAAUAACAGCAGCGACAACAACAGCGCCAACGACAACAGCGACAACAACAACAGCGGCAACAACAACAGCGACAACAACAACAACAACGACAACAACAACAGCGACAACACCAACAGCGACAACAACAACAACAGCGACAACGACAACAACAGUUCAAUCUUCAAGACGCACCGUGCUCUGAAGUCUCAUCAGACCAACAGCGUAGAGUGUAGGCUGCAUCAAGCUCGCCUUCGUGACGAGGGCUACGAGAACGGCCCGUUAAAGGCAACCGAAGAUGGACAGAUCCACAAGGAUCCGCCACCCGCAUGCCAUCGUCACAAGCGUAGGCGGGUUGACGAUCCGGCAGAUCCUACAAGCCCCGCACAAGUGGCUCACACUACCGCGCCACACUUUGAUGCGCCAACGAAUGAGCAAGAGCAGAUCGCCUUUCAGCCAGAGGCCUCGCCGGAGCCGAUUGACUUCGAUUUCGGUCCAGGAAUCUUCGACACGCGUAAAGAGCUGCUGUUACUGAUGCAAAGCUUCCGUGAAGGGCAGGGCAUGACUGUUGAAGAGAGCAAGCGGCUUUUGCGCGUCGUAUGCCACCCCGAUUUCAACUCUGAAGAUCUCCUAGGCUGGCGGAGCAUCAAAGAUGCACAAAAGUGGGCUGCGGACAAGUGGGGCGCGAAAGCACCUGAGUGGAAGACGACAAUGGUUGAGGUCCCAGGGGUGUUGGAGAAUGGCCGUCCCGUCUAUGUGCCCUUGAAAUACACGGACACUCUCAAGGUGGUGCAGGCGAUUUUCGAAGACCGAUGCAACCAGAAAGGAUUCGCACUGUACCCGAGCAAGAAAUUUCGCAAUGGGAAGAGGAUUUAUACACGCCCUCAACAUUGCAACUGGUGGCUCGAAGCCCAGUUGAACACCGUUGGAAGUGCAAAGCAGAUGGUGGCAAUGCUGCCAUUGCCUCAUUCGAAGUGGAAAAGCAACGUAAAGACGGAGCUAUUCCUGAAGUGUAUGCAGAUUGUGCUUCAGCCAUUGAUUGAUGCCAGCAACAGCAACAAUCUCAAGUUGUGUGUGAGCUCAAUUUUGAGUGUGGAGGUAAGUCCAGAGGGGCAUGCGAGCCCGGAUUGGGGCGUGGAGGUAAGUCCAGAGGGGCAUGCGAGCCCGGAUUGGGGCGUGGAGGUAAGUCCAGAGGGGCAUGCGAGCCCGGAUUGGGGCGUGGAGGUAAGUCCAGAGGGGCAUGCGAGCCCGGAUUGGGGCGUGGAGGUAAGUCCAGAGGGGCAUGCGAGCCCGGAUUGGGGCGUGGAGGUAAGUCCAGAGGGGCAUGCGAGCCCGGAUUGGGGCGUGGAGGUAAGUCCAGAGGGGCAUGCGAGCCCGGAUUGGGGCGUGGAGGUAAGUCCAGAGGGGCAUGCGAGCCCGGAUUGGGGCGUGGAGGUAAGUCCAGAGGGGCAUGCGAGCCCGGAUUGGGGCGUGGAGGUAAGUCCAGAGGGGCAUGCGAGCCCGGAUUGGGGCGUGGAGGUAAGUCCAGAGGGGCAUGCGAGCCCGGAUUGGGGCGUGGAGGUAAGUCCAGAGGGGCAUGCGAGCCCGGAUUGGGGCGUGGAGGUAAGUCCAGAGGGGCAUGCGAGCCCGGAUUGGGGCGUGGAGGUAAGUCCAGAGGGGCAUGCGAGCCCGGAUUGGGGCGUGGAGGUAAGUCCAGAGGGGCAUGCGAGCCCGGAUUGGGGCGUGGAGGUAAGUCCAGAGGGGCAUGCGAGCCCGGAUUGGGGCGUGGAGGUAAGUCCAGAGGGGCAUGCGAGCCCGGAUUGGGGCGUGGAGGUAAGUCCAGAGGGGCAUGCGAGCCCGGAUUGGGGCGUGGAGGUAAGUCCAGAGGGGCAUGCGAGCCCGGAUUGGGGCGUGGAGGUAAGUCCAGAGGGGCAUGCGAGCCCGGAUUGGGGCGUGGAGGUAAGUCCAGAGGGGCAUGCGAGCCCGGAUUGGGGCGUGGAGGUAAGUCCAGAGGGGCAUGCGAGCCCGGAUGGGGGCGUGGAGGUAAGUCCAGAGGGGCAUGCGAGCCCGGAUGGGGGCGUGGAGGUAAGUCCAGAGGGGCAUGCGAGCCCGGAUGGGGGCGUGGAGGUAAGUCCAGAGGGGCAUGCGAGCCCGGAUGGGGGCGUGGAGGUAAGUCCAGAGGGGCAUGCGAGCCCGGAUGGGGGCGUGGAGGUAAGUCCAGAGGGGCAUGCGAGCCCGGAUGGGGGCGUGGAGGUAAGUCCAGAGGGGCAUGCGAGCCCGGAUGGGGGCGUGGAGGUAAGUCCAGAGGGGCAUGCGAGCCCGGAUGGGGGCGUGGAGGUAAGUCCAGAGGGGCAUGCGAGCCCGGAUGGGGGCGUGGAGGUAAGUCCAGAGGGGCAUGCGAGCCCGGAUGGGGGCGUGGAGGUAAGUCCAGAGGGGCAUGCGAGCCCGGAUGGGGGCGUGGAGGUAAGUCCAGAGGGGCAUGCGAGCCCGGAUGGGGGCGUGGAGGUAAGUCCAGAGGGGCAUGCGAGCCCGGAUGGGGGCGUGGAGGUAAGUCCAGAGGGGCAUGCGAGCCCGGAUGGGGGCGUGGAGGUAAGUCCAGAGGGGCAUGCGAGCCCGGAUGGGGGCGUGGAGGUAAGUCCAGAGGGGCAUGCGAGCCCGGAUGGGGGCGUGGAGGUAAGUCCAGAGGGGCAUGCGAGCCCGGAUGGGGGCGUGGAGGUAAGUCCAGAGGGGCAUGCGAGCCCGGAUGGGGGCGUGGAGGUAAGUCCAGAGGGGCAUGCGAGCCCGGAUGGGGGCGUGGAGGUAAGUCCAGAGGGGCAUGCGAGCCCGGAUCGGGGCGUGGAGGUAAGUCCAGAGGGGCAUGCGAGCCCGGAUGGGGGCGUGGAGGUAAGUCCAGAGGGGCAUGCGAGCCCGGAUGGGGGCGUGGAGGUAAGUCCAGAGGGGCAUGCGAGCCCGGAUCGGGGCGUGGAGGUAAGUCCAGAGGGGCAUGCGAGCCCGGAUCGGGGCGUGGAGGUAAGUCCAGAGGGGCAUGCGAGCCCGGAUCGGGGCGUGGAGGUAAGUCCAGAGGGGCAUGCGAGCCCGGAUCGGGGCGUGGAGGUAAGUCCAGAGGGGCAUGCGAGCCCGGAUCGGGGCGUGGAGGUAAGUCCAGAGGGGCAUGCGAGCCCGGAUCGGGGCGUGGAGGUAAGUCCAGAGGGGCAUGCGAGCCCGGAUCGGGGCGUGGAGGUAAGUCCAGAGGGGCAUGCGAGCCCGGAUCGGGGCGUGGAGGUAAGUCCAGAGGGGCAUGCGAGCCCGGAUCGGGGCGUGGAGGUAAGUCCAGAGGGGCAUGCGAGCCCGGAUCGGGGCGUGGAGGUAAGUCCAGAGGGGCAUGCGAGCCCGGAUCGGGGCGUGGAGGUAAGUCCAGAGGGGCAUGCGAGCCCGGAUCGGGGCGUGGAGGUAAGUCCAGAGGGGCAUGCGAGCCCGGAUCGGGGCGUGGAGGUAAGUCCAGAGGGGCAUGCGAGCCCGGAUCGGGGCGUGGAGGUAAGUCCAGAGGGGCAUGCGAGCCCGGAUCGGGGCGUGGAGGUAAGUCCAGAGGGGCAUGCGAGCCCGGAUCGGGGCGUGGAGGUAAGUCCAGAGGGGCAUGCGAGCCCGGAUCGGGGCGUGGAGGUAAGUCCAGAGGGGCAUGCGAGCCCGGAUCGGGGCGUGGAGGUAAGUCCAGAGGGGCAUGCGAGCCCGGAUCGGGGCGUGGAGGUAAGUCCAGAGGGGCAUGCGAGCCCGGAUCGGGGCGUGGAGGUAAGUCCAGAGGGGCAUGCGAGCCCGGAUCGGGGCGUGGAGGUAAGUCCAGAGGGGCAUGCGAGCCCGGAUCGGGGCGUGGAGGUAAGUCCAGAGGGGCAUGCGAGCCCGGAUCGGGGCGUGGAGGUAAGUCCAGAGGGGCAUGCGAGCCCGGAUCGGGGCGUGGAGGUAAGUCCAGAGGGGCAUGCGAGCCCGGAUCGGGGCGUGGAGGUAAGUCCAGAGGGGCAUGCGAGCCCGGAUCGGGGCGUGGAGGUAAGUCCAGAGGGGCAUGCGAGCCCGGAUCGGGGCGUGGAGGUAAGUCCAGAGGGGCAUGCGAGCCCGGAUCGGGGCGUGGAGGUAAGUCCAGAGGGGCAUGCGAGCCCGGAUCGGGGCGUGGAGGUAAGUCCAGAGGGGCAUGCGAGCCCGGAUCGGGGCGUGGAGGUAAGUCCAGAGGGGCAUGCGAGCCCGGAUCGGGGCGUGGAGGUAAGUCCAGAGGGGCAUGCGAGCCCGGAUCGGGGCGUGGAGGUAAGUCCAGAGGGGCAUGCGAGCCCGGAUCGGGGCGUGGAGGUAAGUCCAGAGGGGCAUGCGAGCCCGGAUCGGGGCGUGGAGGUAAGUCCAGAGGGGCAUGCGAGCCCGGAUCGGGGCGUGGAGGUAAGUCCAGAGGGGCAUGCGAGCCCGGAUCGGGGCGUGGAGGUAAGUCCAGAGGGGCAUGCGAGCCCGGAUCGGGGCGUGGAGGUAAGUCCAGAGGGGCAUGCGAGCCCGGAUCGGGGCGUGGAGGUAAGUCCAGAGGGGCAUGCGAGCCCGGAUCGGGGCGUGGAGGUAAGUCCAGAGGGGCAUGCGAGCCCGGAUCGGGGCGUGGAGGUAAGUCCAGAGGGGCAUGCGAGCCCGGAUCGGGGCGUGGAGGUAAGUCCAGAGGGGCAUGCGAGCCCGGAUCGGGGCGUGGAGGUAAGUCCAGAGGGGCAUGCGAGCCCGGAUCGGGGCGUGGAGGUAAGUCCAGAGGGGCAUGCGAGCCCGGAUCGGGGCGUGGAGGUAAGUCCAGAGGGGCAUGCGAGCCCGGAUCGGGGCGUGGAGGUAAGUCCAGAGGGGCAUGCGAGCCCGGAUCGGGGCGUGGAGGUAAGUCCAGAGGGGCAUGCGAGCCCGGAUCGGGGCGUGGAGGUAAGUCCAGAGGGGCAUGCGAGCCCGGAUCGGGGCGUGGAGGUAAGUCCAGAGGGGCAUGCGAGCCCGGAUCGGGGCGUGGAGGUAAGUCCAGAGGGGCAUGCGAGCCCGGAUCGGGGCGUGGAGGUAAGUCCAGAGGGGCAUGCGAGCCCGGAUCGGGGCGUGGAGGUAAGUCCAGAGGGGCAUGCGAGCCCGGAUCGGGGCGUGGAGGUAAGUCCAGAGGGGCAUGCGAGCCCGGAUCGGGGCGUGGAGGUAAGUCCAGAGGGGCAUGCGAGCCCGGAUCGGGGCGUGGAGGUAAGUCCAGAGGGGCAUGCGAGCCCGGAUCGGGGCGUGGAGGUAAGUCCAGAGGGGCAUGCGAGCCCGGAUCGGGGCGUGGAGGUAAGUCCAGAGGGGCAUGCGAGCCCGGAUCGGGGCGUGGAGGUAAGUCCAGAGGGGCAUGCGAGCCCGGAUCGGGGCGUGGAGGUAAGUCCAGAGGGGCAUGCGAGCCCGGAUCGGGGCGUGGAGGUAAGUCCAGAGGGGCAUGCGAGCCCGGAUCGGGGCGUGGAGGUAAGUCCAGAGGGGCAUGCGAGCCCGGAUCGGGGCGUGGAGGUAAGUCCAGAGGGGCAUGCGAGCCCGGAUCGGGGCGUGGAGGUAAGUCCAGAGGGGCAUGCGAGCCCGGAUCGGGGCGUGGAGGUAAGUCCAGAGGGGCAUGCGAGCCCGGAUCGGGGCGUGGAGGUAAGUCCAGAGGGGCAUGCGAGCCCGGAUCGGGGCGUGGAGGUAAGUCCAGAGGGGCAUGCGAGCCCGGAUCGGGGCGUGGAGGUAAGUCCAGAGGGGCAUGCGAGCCCGGAUCGGGGCGUGGAGGUAAGUCCAGAGGGGCAUGCGAGCCCGGAUCGGGGCGUGGAGGUAAGUCCAGAGGGGCAUGCGAGCCCGGAUCGGGGCGUGGAGGUAAGUCCAGAGGGGCAUGCGAGCCCGGAUCGGGGCGUGGAGGUAAGUCCAGAGGGGCAUGCGAGCCCGGAUCGGGGCGUGGAGGUAAGUCCAGAGGGGCAUGCGAGCCCGGAUCGGGGCGUGGAGGUAAGUCCAGAGGGGCAUGCGAGCCCGGAUCGGGGCGUGGAGGUAAGUCCAGAGGGGCAUGCGAGCCCGGAUCGGGGCGUGGAGGUAAGUCCAGAGGGGCAUGCGAGCCCGGAUCGGGGCGUGGAGGUAAGUCCAGAGGGGCAUGCGAGCCCGGAUCGGGGCGUGGAGGUAAGUCCAGAGGGGCAUGCGAGCCCGGAUCGGGGCGUGGAGGUAAGUCCAGAGGGGCAUGCGAGCCCGGAUCGGGGCGUGGAGGUAAGUCCAGAGGGGCAUGCGAGCCCGGAUCGGGGCGUGGAGGUAAGUCCAGAGGGGCAUGCGAGCCCGGAUCGGGGCGUGGAGGUAAGUCCAGAGGGGCAUGCGAGCCCGGAUCGGGGCGUGGAGGUAAGUCCAGAGGGGCAUGCGAGCCCGGAUCGGGGCGUGGAGGUAAGUCCAGAGGGGCAUGCGAGCCCGGAUCGGGGCGUGGAGGUAAGUCCAGAGGGGCAUGCGAGCCCGGAUCGGGGCGUGGAGGUAAGUCCAGAGGGGCAUGCGAGCCCGGAUCGGGGCGUGGAGGUAAGUCCAGAGGGGCAUGCGAGCCCGGAUCGGGGCGUGGAGGUAAGUCCAGAGGGGCAUGCGAGCCCGGAUCGGGGCGUGGAGGUAAGUCCAGAGGGGCAUGCGAGCCCGGAUCGGGGCGUGGAGGUAAGUCCAGAGGGGCAUGCGAGCCCGGAUCGGGGCGUGGAGGUAAGUCCAGAGGGGCAUGCGAGCCCGGAUCGGGGCGUGGAGGUAAGUCCAGAGGGGCAUGCGAGCCCGGAUCGGGGCGUGGAGGUAAGUCCAGAGGGGCAUGCGAGCCCGGAUCGGGGCGUGGAGGUAAGUCCAGAGGGGCAUGCGAGCCCGGAUCGGGGCGUGGAGGUAAGUCCAGAGGGGCAUGCGAGCCCGGAUCGGGGCGUGGAGGUAAGUCCAGAGGGGCAUGCGAGCCCGGAUCGGGGCGUGGAGGUAAGUCCAGAGGGGCAUGCGAGCCCGGAUCGGGGCGUGGAGGUAAGUCCAGAGGGGCAUGCGAGCCCGGAUCGGGGCGUGGAGGUAAGUCCAGAGGGGCAUGCGAGCCCGGAUCGGGGCGUGGAGGUAAGUCCAGAGGGGCAUGCGAGCCCGGAUCGGGGCGUGGAGGUAAGUCCAGAGGGGCAUGCGAGCCCGGAUCGGGGCGUGGAGGUAAGUCCAGAGGGGCAUGCGAGCCCGGAUCGGGGCGUGGAGGUAAGUCCAGAGGGGCAUGCGAGCCCGGAUCGGGGCGUGGAGGUAAGUCCAGAGGGGCAUGCGAGCCCGGAUCGGGGCGUGGAGGUAAGUCCAGAGGGGCAUGCGAGCCCGGAUCGGGGCGUGGAGGUAAGUCCAGAGGGGCAUGCGAGCCCGGAUCGGGGCGUGGAGGUAAGUCCAGAGGGGCAUGCGAGCCCGGAUCGGGGCGUGGAGGUAAGUCCAGAGGGGCAUGCGAGCCCGGAUCGGGGCGUGGAGGUAAGUCCAGAGGGGCAUGCGAGCCCGGAUCGGGGCGUGGAGGUAAGUCCAGAGGGGCAUGCGAGCCCGGAUCGGGGCGUGGAGGUAAGUCCAGAGGGGCAUGCGAGCCCGGAUCGGGGCGUGGAGGUAAGUCCAGAGGGGCAUGCGAGCCCGGAUCGGGGCGUGGAGGUAAGUCCAGAGGGGCAUGCGAGCCCGGAUCGGGGCGUGGAGGUAAGUCCAGAGGGGCAUGCGAGCCCGGAUCGGGGCGUGGAGGUAAGUCCAGAGGGGCAUGCGAGCCCGGAUCGGGGCGUGGAGGUAAGUCCAGAGGGGCAUGCGAGCCCGGAUCGGGGCGUGGAGGUAAGUCCAGAGGGGCAUGCGAGCCCGGAUCGGGGCGUGGAGGUAAGUCCAGAGGGGCAUGCGAGCCCGGAUCGGGGCGUGGAGGUAAGUCCAGAGGGGCAUGCGAGCCCGGAUCGGGGCGUGGAGGUAAGUCCAGAGGGGUAUGCGAGCCCGGAUCGGGGCGUGGAGGUAAGUCCAGAGGGGUAUGCGAGCCCGGAUCGGGGCGUGGAGGUAAGUCCAGAGGGGUAUGCGAGCCCGGAUCGGGGCGUGGAGGUAAGUCCAGAGGGGUAUGCGAGCCCGGAUCGGGGCGUGGAGGUAAGUCCAGAGGGGUAUGCGAGCCCGGAUCGGGGCGUGGAGGUAAGUCCAGAGGGGUAUGCGAGCCCGGAUCGGGGCGUGGAGGUAAGUCCAGAGGGGUAUGCGAGCCCGGAUCGGGGCGUGGAGGUAAGUCCAGAGGGGUAUGCGAGCCCGGAUCGGGGCGUGGAGGUAAGUCCAGAGGGGUAUGCGAGCCCGGAUCGGGGCGUGGAGGUAAGUCCAGAGGGGUAUGCGAGCCCGGAUCGGGGCGUGGAGGUAAGUCCAGAGGGGUAUGCGAGCCCGGAUCGGGGCGUGGAGGUAAGUCCAGAGGGGUAUGCGAGCCCGGAUCGGGGCGUGGAGGUAAGUCCAGAGGGGUAUGCGAGCCCGGAUCGGGGCGUGGAGGUAAGUCCAGAGGGGUAUGCGAGCCCGGAUCGGGGCGUGGAGGUAAGUCCAGAGGGGUAUGCGAGCCCGGAUCGGGGCGUGGAGGUAAGUCCAGAGGGGUAUGCGAGCCCGGAUCGGGGCGUGGAGGUAAGUCCAGAGGGGUAUGCGAGCCCGGAUCGGGGCGUGGAGGUAAGUCCAGAGGGGUAUGCGAGCCCGGAUCGGGGCGUGGAGGUAAGUCCAGAGGGGUAUGCGAGCCCGGAUCGGGGCGUGGAGGUAAGUCCAGAGGGGUAUGCGAGCCCGGAUCGGGGCGUGGAGGUAAGUCCAGAGGGGUAUGCGAGCCCGGAUCGGGGCGUGGAGGUAAGUCCAGAGGGGUAUGCGAGCCCGGAUCGGGGCGUGGAGGUAAGUCCAGAGGGGUAUGCGAGCCCGGAUCGGGGCGUGGAGGUAAGUCCAGAGGGGUAUGCGAGCCCGGAUCGGGGCGUGGAGGUAAGUCCAGAGGGGUAUGCGAGCCCGGAUCGGGGCGUGGAGGUAAGUCCAGAGGGGUAUGCGAGCCCGGAUCGGGGCGUGGAGGUAAGUCCAGAGGGGUAUGCGAGCCCGGAUCGGGGCGUGGAGGUAAGUCCAGAGGGGUAUGCGAGCCCGGAUCGGGGCGUGGAGGUAAGUCCAGAGGGGUAUGCGAGCCCGGAUCGGGGCGUGGAGGUAAGUCCAGAGGGGUAUGCGAGCCCGGAUCGGGGCGUGGAGGUAAGUCCAGAGGGGUAUGCGAGCCCGGAUCGGGGCGUGGAGGUAAGUCCAGAGGGGUAUGCGAGCCCGGAUCGGGGCGUGGAGGUAAGUCCAGAGGGGUAUGCGAGCCCGGAUCGGGGCGUGGAGGUAAGUCCAGAGGGGUAUGCGAGCCCGGAUCGGGGCGUGGAGGUAAGUCCAGAGGGGUAUGCGAGCCCGGAUCGGGGCGUGGAGGUAAGUCCAGAGGGGUAUGCGAGCCCGGAUCGGGGCGUGGAGGUAAGUCCAGAGGGGUAUGCGAGCCCGGAUCGGGGCGUGGAGGUAAGUCCAGAGGGGUAUGCGAGCCCGGAUCGGGGCGUGGAGGUAAGUCCAGAGGGGUAUGCGAGCCCGGAUCGGGGCGUGGAGGUAAGUCCAGAGGGGUAUGCGAGCCCGGAUCGGGGCGUGGAGGUAAGUCCAGAGGGGUAUGCGAGCCCGGAUCGGGGCGUGGAGGUAAGUCCAGAGGGGUAUGCGAGCUCGGAUCGGGGCGUGGAGGUAAGUCCAGAGGGGUAUGCGAGCUCGGAAGCGUGGAGGUCGAAAGUGACAAAGGAGGAGAGAGACUACAACUGCGCGUUCUACGAGGCUGAAACCACUUCAAAACGUGUUUUUCUGAGGACACAUGUGGUCAUGCACAUGGCUGCAAGCAAGCAUCGCCGAGGCAACACUGACCAAUUCGCAUUGUACAACGCUGCUGUUGGUGGCCGCCUCGACACUUUGGAGACGGACCUUGGUACAGCAGGCAUCUCAGCCGCCUCCCUCCAUGUCUACACCGGCGUGGCGAUUCUAGGCGGCCCUCAAGAGUACCACUCCAGGGUCACUCACUUCAUUCGUGCAAACCCGUCACACCACGGCAACCCGUGGUUCUCCCAUGUGGCCAUUAGUGGAGGGGAGGAGGUGUGGUACGCAGAGGUACUUCUCCUCUUUAAGCACGCUCAGAGCAACAAGGGGUUUGCCUAUGUUCAGUACUAUGAGGUGGUUGGUAAUGAUGAUGCUACUGGUUGCAAGCGCCUGGAGUGGGCUAAGUAG